GCUGGGCCGCCAGCAGCACCUCCUGUCCCUCAUUGAGUCCACGGCGCGGGCUGACGGGCACCCAGCUGCCAGGCGCCCCCCAGGACCCUGAGUGCCCCCGGGCUCCAGCCGCGCCCGCCGCCAUGUCCGACUACGAGAACGAGGACGAGUGCUGGAGCGCCCUGGAGGGCUUCCGCGUGAAGCUCAUCUCCGUCAUCGACCCCUCGCGCAUCACGCCCUACCUGCGGCAGUGCAAGGUGCUGAACCCCGACGACGAGGAGCAGGUGCUCAGCGACCCCAACCUGGUCAUCCGCAAGCGCAAAGUGGGCGUGCUCCUGGACAUCCUGCAGCGCACGGGCCACAAGGGCUACGUGGCCUUCCUCGAGAGCCUCGAGCUGUACUACCCGCAGCUCUACAGGAAGGUCACGGGCAAGGAGCCCGCCCGCGUCUUCUCCAUGAUCAUCGACGCGUCCGGGGAGUCGGGCCUGACGCAGCUGCUGAUGAGCGAGGUGACGAAGCUGCAGAAGAAGGUGCAGGACCUGACGGCCCUGCUGAGCUCCAAGGACGACUUCAUCAAGGAGCUGCGCGUCAAGGACAGCCUGCUGCGCAAGCACCAGGAGCGCGUGCAGCGGCUCAAGGAGGAGUGGGAGGCCUGCGGCCGCGAGCUCAAGCGCUGCAAGGACGAGAACUACGACCUGGCCAUGCGCCUGGCGCGCCAGAGCGAGGAGAAGGGCGCCGCGCUCAUGCGCAACCGCGACCUGCAGCUGGAGGUGGACCGGCUCAAGCACAGCCUGAUGAAGGCGGAGGACGACUGCAAGGUGGAGCGCAAGCACACGCUGAAGCUGCGGCACGCCAUGGAGCAGCGGCCCAGCCAGGAGCUGCUGUGGGAGCUGCAGCAGGAGAAGGCGCUGCUGCAGGCCCGGGUGCAGGAGCUGGAGGCCUCCGCCCAGGAGGGGAAGCCGGACCAGAGCAGCCCCUACAUCCAGGUGCUGGAGGAGGACUGGCGGCAGGCGCUGCGGGAGCACGAGGAGCAGGCCAGCACCAUCUUCGCCCUGCGCAAAGACCUGCGCCAGGCCGAGGCGCUGCGUGCCCGGUGCAUGGAGGAGAAGGAGGUGUUCGAGCUGCAGUGCCAGGCCCUGCGGAAGGACUCCAAGAUGUACAAGGACCGCAUCGAGGCCAUCCUGCAGCAGCUGGAGGAGGUGGCCAUCGAGCGGGACCAGGCCAUCGCGUCCCGGGAGCAGCUGCACGCGCAGUACGCCCGCAGCCUGCAGGACAAGGACGCGCUGCGCAAGCAGGCCCGGGAGCUGGGCGAGAAGGCGGACGAGCUGCAGCUGCAGCUGUUCCAGCGCGAGGGCCAGCUGCUGGCGGCCGAGGGCAGGCUCAAGCGGCAGCAGCUGGAGAUGCUGGUCCUGAGCUCCGACCUGGAGGACAGCUCACCCAGGAACUCCCAGGAGCUCUCGAUCCGCCGGGACCUGGAGGAGGACGCCCGGCUCUCGGACAGAGGCGGCCCCGCUGACGGCGAGAGCCCCGAGCAAUCCUUGGAGGCUCCGCAGAGGGAGCGGCCCUCACUGGCCCCCAGUGACGCGGGUCUGAGCGGCGGGGAGCCCCCCGAGAAGGAGCGGCGCCGCCUCAAGGAGAGCUUCGAGAACUACCGCAGGAAGCGGGCGCUCCGCAAGAUGCAGCCCGGCCCGCGGCAGGGGGAGGUGGACUGGGAGAACACGACGGGCAGCGACAACACGGACACCGAGGGCUCCUAGCGGCGCGGCCCGCACAGCCCCGCCGGCCGCCCCUCCUGCAGGGGGCGG